CAAAGUGCUGGGAUGACAGGUGUGAACCACUGUGCCUGGCCCGAGACCUGAGGUUUCUUUACCCAAGCUUCCAGCAUGGGCAGGAAGAGCUGGGCCUCAUCUGACCUCCACAGAGCAGGCUCAGAUCCUGCCCUCCUCAGCCUGGGUGCACCUCUCGAGCCUGAGACGGUCAGGGAGCCUGGGAGGGCAGAGCUUACCCUGCACGGAUGGCUCCAGUGGGGGUGUUGGUGGCAGAGAGGCAGAGCCCUGGGGAGGAUUGUGUGUAGUUUGGCUUUGGUGCAGGAUGGAGAGGGCCCACCCCUGGGUGCCCCCUGGGAGCUAAGGGUGGUUCUCCGUGUCCUCUGUCCUGGCUGGGGAUAGGGAGGUGGGCAGGGGAGGAACUGAUGUGGUUGACCCUCCUUUUGGGGCCAUUAAAGCCUAGUUAGUGAUGACUCAGGCCUGGGCCACACCAGGCUAGGGAUGGUCACAGCUGCAGUGCAGCUGAUCCUUGUGGUGAUGACAAGGGACAGCCCCCAAACAGACAGGGCGGCCAGCGGUGCCAGGCUCUGGAGGUGGUGGCAGACCCGGGCCCUUCAUCCCCUGCUCCCAGUCCAUGUGCCACCCCCCUCUGGAGGGCUUUGGGGGCUAAGAGCAGGUGAAGGGUGACAGCGGCUGAGAGCGAGUGGGAGUGACAGUUCUGCGGGAGGCGGCUGUGUGGGUGGAACACGAUCCCUGUGGGGGCUUCCAGGCUCCCCUGGUUCUUGUUCUCUGGAACCUCAGCAGCGCUGUCCUGUGUUCUAGGGUCGGGACUCCUCCGUCCCCCCAGCCCUGGGUCCUGGGGCGGGGCAGGGCAGGGCCUUCCAGCAGCUUCCUUCCUUCCUUUCUUGGGACGGAAACCCAGCCGGGUGGGGGGCGCCGGGCUGGAGCCUUUGCAGGGGAGUGGGCUCAGUCAUCACCCUACUCCCCAAAGUGACUCAGCCCUCACGUCCCCACCCACCCCUGGGGAGCCAGGGCCUCUGAGGGAGGUAGAUAAGUCGGGUGGGAGCCUGGGUCGGCCAGAGAGCUCAGGCCACCCCGGCUGGACACCCGCUGCCACCGUCUUGCUGUCAUGGCACGCUCUGGGAGUGCCACACCACCUGCUUGGGCUCCAGGAGCCCCUCCACGGAGCCCAUCCCAGGGAAUGGUACAGGAUGUCAGUGGGCCCCUGAGGGAGCUGCGCCCUCGGCUCUGCCACCUGCGAAAGGGACCUCAGGGCUACGGGUUCAACCUGCACAGUGACAAGUCGCGUCCCGGCCAGUACAUCCGCUCUGUGGACCCUGGCUCCCCUGCUGCUCGCUCUGGCCUCCGCGCCCAGGACCGGCUCAUUGAGGUGAAUGGGCAGAACGUGGAGGGGCUGCGCCAUUCCGAGGUUGUGGCCAGCAUCAAGGCCCGGGAGGAUGAGGCCCGGCUACUGGUGGUGGACCCGGAGACAGACGAACACUUCAAGCGGCUUCGGGUCAUCCCCACCGAGGAGCACGUGGAAGGUCCUCUGCCAACACCCAUCACCAAUGGGACCAGCCCUGCCCAGCUCAAUGGUGGCUCUGCGUGCUCGUCCCGGAGUGACCUGCCUGGUUCAGACAAGGACACUGAGGAUGGCAGUGCCUGGAAGCGAGACCCCUUCCAGGAGAGCGGCCUCCACCUGAGCCCCACAGCGGCCGAGGCCAAGGAGAAGGCUCGAGCCACGAGAGUCAACAAGCGUGCGCCACAAAUGGACUGGAACCGGAAGCGAGAGAUCUUCAGCAACUUCUGAGCCCCUCCCUGCCUGUCUCGGGGCCCUGGGACCCCUCCUGCACGGACCUUGGGCCUCAGCCCGCCCCGAGCUCCCCAAGCCUCGGUGGACUGGAGGGUGAUCCUGCCCCUGCCCAGAAAUCAGCCCCAGUCCCCGUGAGCCCCCAUCCUGCCCCUGCCCGCUAGGUAUUGGGGGCCUGUGGCAGCAAGAUAGGGGGAGAGAGACCCAGAGAUGUGAGAGAGAGACAGAGAGAGAGAGAGACAGAGGGGCAGAGCGGCGGCCGCAGGGUGAGGGCCUUUGCUGCUCUGCUGGGCCUGCUGACUGAAAGGAAUUUGUGUUUUUGCUUUUUUUCCAAAAAGAUCUCUAGCUCACACAUGUUUCCACUUAAUACCAGAGCGCCCCCCUCCCCUCCCCCUUGGGACGCACUCUAAAUAAUUGCAAUAAAACCUUUCUCUGCAAACCAUUUCCUCCCUGGCCCCCCCACCCCCCACCCCCUACCCCCUACCCCUGCCGGCCUCAGCAGUGGCUGUCCUGAGUGGGAGUCCCUCAGACUUCGGGUGGCUGAGCUGGGGCCCCCAGCCUAUUUGUGGGGACCUUGGGGUAAGGCCAGGGAGGCUGGAUGUGGCCAUGGGAGCUGCCCACCCUGGUGUGGGGGUUCCUAGGCCAGGCCCUGCUCCCCACCCAGCUACCCUGUAUGCUUCUGCCUUGCUGGGGAUCUGGAGUGCAGGGCCUGGGCUCUCCGAGGGGCCCAAGGAUGGAGGCCCCAUGUCCUUGCAGAGGGUGGCCUUUCUACAGGCCCCUCAUUCCGCAUGGCAGCUUCCAGGCCUGGGGAAUGUAGGUGUGUGAGAGCGGCACCCAGGAAGGACUCUAGACCUCUGGCUCAGCCCUGCCUGGCGGGCUCCCCUGUGGACAUCCUGCUGACUGCUCUUCCCUCCUGGGCCCCACACCCCUGAAGUGACUGAUCGACCGGCACCGCUGUUGCCUCGUAAGCCAUAGCGCAUGCGCGCCCUCAGAAUAAACAGGCCCUGCCUGGGACUGACAUG